AUGAUCUGGUGUCAAUUGAUCAUAAUUCUCCAUCUAAUUGCUCCGAUUGAAAGCAAAAAAUUGACAGAGGAAGAGAACGAAAAACGUCUAGAGCAGUGUGGUGUGACAACGAAAUCAAAAAUAUUCAACGGAGGAAUAGUUAGUGAUGAUCAAGCACCAUGGGCGGUGGUUGUUAGAGUGGCCAAAUCCGAUGGAACAGGAACGAUAUGUUCUGGAACUUUGAUAUCGCCUCGUCACAUUCUGUCGGCUACUCAUUGCUUGGCAAAUCAUUCUGAUGUUCAGUGGAUAAAAACAUACGUGGGGUUCAAAUUCGACCGAGAAGAUUGUCCGGAAAAUGAACACAUAAUCGUUCCUGAAGUUAAAGCCAGUAAAGUUUUUGUUCAGGACAGAAAGGGAAAUGAUAUUGGCCGAGCAAAAUUUCUGUACCUACUCAAUUUUUGUCGCAUACUUACUAAGGAUGCUUUUCAAAUUCAAUCUCCGGAUGAUGUAAUGAUUAUUGAGUUGUCAGAAGACUUUGAGUAUACUUCAGAAGUGAAACCAGCUUGUGUAUCUAAUAGCGUAGAAGAUUACAAAGGGGGAGCAAUAGCCAGACUUUUUGGUUUUGGAGACAAUCCUCCUAAAGAUAAGCCAUCAACUCCCGACAAUCAAAAGCCACCGAAGCCACCAUUGCGAUCCGAAGAACUCGAUAUUCUGAAAGUCAACGUUGAGGGGACUCUGAAUCGUAUUGAUCCCAGGUUGUUCAAAGCCAGAAGUCGCAAUAAGAAUAGUAUCAUGUGUCCGGGAGACUCGGGAGGUGGCGCAAUUCGUAUAAUUGGUGGUAGAAAUACAGUUGUGGGAGUGGCUAUGCAAACUACUUGUGUUUUCAUGAAUCGAGGUGCGGAAGGACACGAAAUCUAUGGUGCACCUGGUUUUUAUUCCGACGAUAUAUGCGAUCUCACUGGAAUUUGCACUCCGGAUUCUGAAGAAGAUGAGAAUGGACGUUACAUGAUUCAAUUUUGCCGAAAAAUUCUGGAUGACUUUUAUAUCUACCAAACUCCUGAUGAUUUUAUGAUUGUCGAGUUGGCAGAAGACUUGGAUUAUACUUCUGAAAUCCAACCGGCAUGCUUUGCAAGAGAUAUCAAUGAUAAUGCACUCGGGACCGAUCUUGAUUUCUUUGGAUAUGGAGAUAACCCGCCAGCGCAUCUUCCUCAAACUCAUUGUCAAAACAUCGACUGUUAUAUCAUAAGGCUAAGGUUCACUAUUGAAAACUUUAUUGCUUACAAUAGUUCAAAAUUUAGGUGGCAGAAUACACCUCGGACGGUGUGGUGCUUCGUAUGGAGUCGAGACUUUUCACAGCAAAAAGUUUCAAUCAUAAAACGACUAUUUGUUCGGUUCGUGUGCGAAAAUGGUGAGAGGGAAGGAUGCACUUUAGAUUUAUGCUUCUGCUGGAUUCUAUGCUGA